AUGCAUAUACUCGUAAGCGGAACAAGCGGACUGAUCGGUUCGGCUUUGACGCCUGAACUUGAGGCGGCGGGGCACCGGAUAACCCGGCUGGUUCGCGGGCGGGCGCGUCCGGGAUGGGGAGAAGUGGCCUGGGAACCGGAGGCCGGGCGCAUGCCCCCGCAGGUUCUGGAAGGCGUCGAUGCCAUCGUGCAUCUGGCGGGUGAGAGCAUUGUCGGGCGCUGGACGGCGGACAAGAAGCGGCGCAUCUAUGAGAGCCGGGUGCGCGGCACCCAGAUCCUCUGCGAGGCGCUGCGGCAGGUCGUCAAGCCGCCCAAAACCUUCGUGUGCGCCUCGGCCAUCGGCUAUUACGGCAAUCGUGGCGAGCGCCUGCUGUUGGAGGAGAGCCGCGCCGGGGAAGACUUUCUGGCGCGUGUCUGCGUCGAUUGGGAAGCGGCCGCGGCGCCGGCAGCGGAACGCGGCAUCCGGGUCGUGUCGCUGCGCUUGGGCGUGGUGUUGAGUUCUACCGGCGGCGCCUUGGCCCAGAUGCUGCCGCCGUUCCGACUCGGCCUCGGCGGCGUGCUAGGCGGCGGCGCCCAGUUCAUGAGCUGGAUUGCCCUGGACGACGUCGUGGGUGCCAUUUCCCACGUGUUGACGACCGAAUCCCUGCACGGCGCCGUCAACCUGGUGGCGCCUGAGCCGGUCAGCAAUCGUGAUUUUACGAAGACAUUAGGCCGGGUGUUGCGGCGCCCGACGCGGUUCGCCGUGCCGGCUUUUGCCGUCCGUCUGAUGUUCGGUGAGAUGGCCGACGCUCUGCUGCUCGCCAGCACGCGCGUGGCGCCCGGCAAGCUCAAUGCCUCGGGCUAUACGUUCCGCUAUCCGGAGUUUGAGGAAGCCCUGCGGCACGUGCUGGGCAAGCCGCUGCCCGCGCCGGAACCGUCGGUUGAGGCGCCUGUGCUAUAA